AUGUCUACACUAGAGAAUGAUAAUGGAACUGAAAUGGAUACAAUGCCACAACAGUUGUCAUUUAGUGCCAAUGUAAAUUCCCAACUACCACAAUCACCAACUAUCGUUGGAAAUGUAGAUACACCUGGAGGUCCCUUAGUGAAUGGAAGGAAUAGUCAACAAUAUGGUAUAUCAGACAACAAUGAAUCGCUCCACUCUGCAAUUCAAAACUCCAACAUCAACUCAUGUGCCACACCCUAUCACGAAUUCUCGACAAAGGCAUCAUGUGAUGAGCUCACCUUUACCAGUCGUCCACCUUCAAUGCUGUCACUUCUGUUUAGAGUGUGUAUAGCAUGGUUGUUUGGACUGGUAAACAUGAUCAUCCUGAUGUUGUUUAACCCAAGAUUCUCCAUGCAAUUCAUCUGGGGAGUGCUCUCGGUUGGAUGCCUGAUGACUGCCAUCUUUGCCGUGACCUGGGCCAGUCUUUUGCUCAAGUUCCGAAUCACCUUCCUUAUCGUAUUCGUAUCUGCUAUCUACUGGCUGGGUACACCGAUCACAUGGCACAUACUCUACACGUCCGACAUGUAUCCUCCACCAAUCGGAGUGUUCACCUGUAUAUUCCCAUUCGAAGGAGUGAUGCUGGUGCUAAUGUGUUUCCUACUGCCAAGAACCAUCCGUAACCAACAGGGUAUCGUCAAGAAGGUCAUUGCCGCCUACUCAUCCUUGGUAGCUCCAUACCUCAGCUUUGUUAGUGGACUUGUCUACUUUAGGCUGUUCCAGUAUUCCACUUCCAACGUUGGCAGAAUUCUACUGCCACCAGCCUACACCAUCGUGAUGAAGUGUAUCCAGCUGGGUCUGGAUAUUAUCUGCGUGCGUUGCGCCCACUCUGCCUCCAACCUGCUGAUCGUGCUAGGUCGUGUCAUCGCAUCCUACUACUCAUUUGCCGUACUCAGUUUCGUCAGGAAUCCAGUGUCGAUUGUGUCCAUUAUCUUCUCCAAGAUCGGACUGCAUCUGUUCAUGUCAUUGUUCAUGGUGUUUCCCAAUAUCGAACGCAAGAUCGUCUCGGUGUUGCCCAAGGGUCUGGUUGGCUGGAAGAACAACUUUGAGAAGGGUGUCACCGAUGAUACUACAUCAACAUCCACGGAUGGUGCCUCUGACGUUGUUAUCAAGAACGAGUUUGACAAGAUGUUUGUAGAGAAUGGAGCACAGUAUGGCCGUCUGCACUCUGACGCCACCAACCUUUGGUUCUCCAUGUUCUCCGACGGCAUUGCCAUUGUGAUGAUUCUGACACUGUACACGAUGGGUCGUUUCGGACCAACCAACUCUCACUACAAUGUGAUGUUCCCCUUUGGUGACCUGUCAGAGGUGUCGUCAGCGUUCAACUUCAACACGUUCAUCGUCUAUUUGAUCAUCUGUCUGUUGGCGCUUGGAUUUGCCUACGCCAUCAUGUGGGUGGUGCUCAACGUAGUGAUCAAGACACUGGAUAUUCGCAAGGUGUUCCAUUUGGUAUCGGUCAACUGGUUCCCCUUGAAGCACUUCUAUGUGAUGUGUAUCAACCACAUGAUGGCCUAUGUGAUUGUGGUGGUCGCACUGAUGCCCGAUCUGUUCUACAUACCCAACAUUGACUUCUGGACUACUGGUACUGUUGAGAAGUAG